CCGUACAACAACAAAACACAACAGUCACGCGCCUCAGCCCCCACGUGACUUCCUGAUUCCUCCACUACAAAUUACAGCUGCUUCCCAAAACCACAAAAACAAGAGAAACACAACUCUCUUCCUCACAAUUAGCUCGCUCACUCACUAACUCACCAGCUCACUAACUUACAAACUCACUAUGCCAAACGCUUCCCUUCUCCUCCUCCUCCUCAUCUUCUCCAUCGCCGCCUCCACUACUACGGCGGCUCUCUCACAAACAACCUACCUCCUCCCCUCCGACGCCGUCGCGCUCCUCUCGUUCAAAUCAAAAGCCGACUUGAACAACAAGCUUCUCUUCAACCUCAACGAGCCUUACGACUACUGUCAAUGGCAAGGUAUCAAAUGCGCGCAAGGCCGAGUCGUUCGCGUCCAGCUUCAAAGUUACUCAUUACGUGGCACUUUCCCUCCCUACACUCUCUCCCGACUCGGCCAGCUUCGAGUCCUUUCCCUCCAUAACAACUCGCUCACCGGUCCGGUUCCCGAUCUUUCCUCUCUUUAUAACUUAAAAUCGCUGUUUCUAGGCCGGAACUCGUUCUCCGGCUCGUUCCCUCCUUCUAUUUUGUUACUCCAUAGACUCAAUGUUCUUGAUCUUUCUUUCAAUAACUUCACCGGUUCGAUUCCGGUUCGGUUGUCUUCUCUCGACCGGCUCAGCUCCUUACAGCUACAAUUUAAUCAGUUUAAUGAUACUCUCCCGCCGUUAAACCAGUCGCUGUUAGUUUUCUUCAAUGUCUCCGGUAAUAAUUUAACCGGACCUAUUCCGUUAACGCCUACUCUCUCUAAGUUCCACACGUCGUCGUUUUCCUUAAACCCUGACCUCUGCGGUGAGAUUAUUAACAAAGCAUGUAACAAGCUUCGCUCUCCGUUUUUUGAUUCUUCAAACGCCACGUCAGCAGCCUCUCCGUUAAGUCAAAGCGCUACCGGAAUUGUAAUCUUAUCUCCACCGUCGUCUUCUCCGGUGAAGCACAGGAGAAAAGCUACCGUUAUUCUAGGGUUUAUCAUCGGCGCUGCUCUGUUAGUUUUAUUUCUUUUAUGCUUACUUUGUAUUCUUCUUAGAAAACAGAAAAAACAAACACAAAUAGAUUCAAAUGAUUCAAAACAGCCUCAACAAAUUAGCCAAAAUGAAGAACCAGAUGGUGCAGAAAUGCUACCGAAAAGAGUGGCGAAGAGCGGAGCGUUAAUAUUUUGUGCGACGGAGAAGCGAGAAAUGUACACGUUAGAGCAGUUAAUGAGAGCGUCGGCGGAGUUGCUUGGGAGGGGUACGAUUGGAACUACGUAUAAAGCUGUGCUUGAUAAUCAGUUGAUAGUUACUGUGAAAAGGCUUGAUGCUACUAAAACCGCUAUUACGAGUGGCUAUGCGUUCGAUGUUCAUAUGGGAGCCAUUGGGGAGCUUAAGCAUCCUAAUUUGGUUCCUCUUAUGGCUUAUUUUCAAGCUAAAGGGGAGAGGCUUGUGAUAUUUGAUUAUCAACCUAAUGGCAGUCUCUACAAUCUUGUUCACGGCUCACGAUCUACAAGAGCAAAACCUCUUCACUGGACCUCAUGCUUAAAGAUAGCUGAAGAUGUGGCCCAGGGUCUUGCUUACAUCCACCAAUCAUCAAAGCUAGUUCAUGGAAACCUGAAAUCAUCUAAUGUCCUUCUUGGACCUGAUUUUGAGGCCUGCAUCACAGACUAUUGCCUUGCCAUCCUUGCUGACACUUCUGCUAUUGAAGAUCCCGAUUCUACUGCAUGUAAAGCACCUGAGACCCGUAAAUCCAGCCGUCGCAGCACUGCCAAAUCUGAUGUGUAUGCAUUUGGCGUCUUAUUACUUGAGCUCUUGACUGGUAAACAUCCAUCACAUCAUCCAUUUCUUGCACCUGCUGAUAUGUUGGACUGGGUCAGACAAGUGAGGGAAGGUGAUGGUGCCGAAGAUAACCAGCUAGGAAUGCUUACUGAAGUUGCCAGUGUCUGUAGCUUAACCUCACCAGAGCAGAGGCCGGCAAUGUGGCAAGUGUUGAAGAUGAUACAUGAGAUAAAGGAAAGUGUCACUGUAGAGGAUAAUGCAGCUCAGGGAUAUUCAUAAUUCAUCUUUUGGUCCAAACUUACACGAACAGGUAUAUAAACUGUAAUCAUGAACACAAGUGAUUUGUGCAUAGCUCUGGAUGAUGAUUAUCUCUGUCCACAGAAGAAUUUGAAUGAUGUGGUCUAUAAUCUAAGAUUUUUACGAUGUAAUGAAAGUUAACCCGAGGAAGCUAGAAGAGCAUCAGUGGGAUGUCACUUAUAUAUGGAAGAUAAAUCAUGAUUUGUAAAGAAUGCUACUGUUCGUUCCAUGGAGUUUUAGCUCAAGGAUAUAAAUACACACUGAGCUUGAUUUUGGGUCUUAGCUGUUGCAUUGCCUAAGGAGAAUGUUUUCCAAUCAACGAUAGAUAUCAACGACCAUGUUGAUUUUUGAUCUUAGCAGUUCGUAUUGUGGAGCAGCGAGCAACUACGUGAGGACGAGGAUGAAAGAUACAACAAACAUGCUGCUUUCUUUUGCAGCAGACCUGAUAUCAUCACUUGUACUGUUUGUUUGAACCCUGAUAGCUUUAGCAUUGUAAUUUUGUUUAAACUUUGUAGUGAAUUUAGCUACUUUCUUGAGUUUUGUAAUAUCAUAUGUUUUUUACGGUAAUAAAUGGCUCGUUUACUUAGAAGAAUAGGAUUUUCCUCAAAUUUUGUGUUUUUUUCCCGGUGUUUCAGUAUUAACUUUGUUUGUACAUGUAUGUGUGUCUAGCAUCUUUACAGUUUUGAACAAAAUCUUCUAAUACGAAAUUGCAGUGGAAGUGUAACUUCACUAGUGUUUUAGAAUAUUGAGAAGGGAAACUCUGCUUUUCACUAAUUGUCUAUAAACGAACUCUAACUCUUCCUCUGCUUCUUGCAGGCUUGACUCCAAUGCUUCUAAUCCUCUCAAAACAUUUUGCGUUUUUGCUAAUUCAAUGUCUUUGCUUGAUUUCAGGGCAAGCAAAUCAGCAUCGAUCUUCCUUGCCUCAUUGGUCUCAACUUUUCCUUCACAGGAUACGCGCUUGGCUUGCAAUUUGUUUGAGAGAAUAGACCAGCCUAACGUUACCUUUGGCUGAGAGAUGAACAAUAAGCUGAAUUCAAUGAAUAGGAUGUGAUCUAGAUGGUAAACGGAUUGAACGAAGAUGACCAGCUGCCAUUUUUUUCCUUUGCAGAAAAGCCUUGCGCAAGAGCUCGAAUUUACAAAUGAUGUGCAAAUUCUAAUUCAAAGCAUGUGCAAUUUGUUGGAGAUCUCUCUGCCUGACCGGUUCAGUGGAAGCAAGGUAUCAAAUUUCUCUAUAUUAUAAUCCAUUGUUAAUUUCUGAAAUGGGAUAGCAACAUGACAAUGAUGAGAGAUUAGUGGAUCUGUCAUAAAACUAGAAACAUGACAGCUAAAUAGAAGAAAAUGAUUAAUAAUUUUUGCUUAAUUUUCUUUCCAUAUAUAAGAGAGCUGCAAUGGGAUGGUUUCAACAUCACUACUUGUGCAUUCAAAUCUUUCAUAGCUUUCUUUUUGCAAAAACAAGAAAAAACAAAUGGCUUCUUUUCAUAUUCGUUCAAUCAGUCUGCCGUCUAGAUCUCAUCCAAUAACUGUAAGUUUAGAGGAGCAGAUUUACAAGCUAAACACAUCGCAUUCAUCCUUAUCAUUAGGCCAAAAGUUGAGUGGCCUAAAAGAGUUGUAUGAGUGUGUUGAUGAUUUUCUUCGACUAUCACUCACCCAACAAUCUCUUUCCCAUGAGAACUCUGUAGAAGUGGUACUGAAUGGAUCUUUAAGUUUGUUGGAUAUGUGCAGCAACACCAGAGAUUUUUUCUCACAGAUGAGGGAAUGUCUCCGGGAACUUGAAUUAUCUCUCCGAAGAAGUAGAAACGGAGUUGAGGCAUACAUGGCAUCAAGGAAAACAUUGAAUAAGUUGAUCUCCAAAUAUCUCAGAAAUUUGAAGAAACGAGACAAGAACAGCAAAAACAACUCAGAUUUGACAGAUAUUGUAGUCUUGCUCAAAGGUGUUGAGGAAGUUAGCGCGUCAAUGUUUGAAUCCAUCUUAUCUUUCAUUUCUCUACCAAAGUCAAAAUCAAAGCUCUCCAUUUUCUCAAAAUUUAUGCAAUCAAAGAGUGCAUCAUGCGAAAAGGAUGCUGAAACCAAUGAAAUGGAGAAGAUUGAUGCUGAAUUACUUAUCGUCAAGUCCAGCAAUCAAACGACAAAUAUAUUGAAAGAAUUGGAGACAUUGGAGAUGAGCCUUAAAGAAGCAGAGGAGGAGUUAGAGUGUGUUUACAGAAGAUUGGUCAAAAUCAGAGUCUCAAUUCUCAAUAGUGUAAAUCAUUAGGAGAUUGCUUCUAUCAAAAUUUUGUAGCAUAGAUCUUACACCAAAUUGUACGUAAACAUAUAUAUACAAAAACAAAUGAAAAUACUUAGAUUUCUCUCA